UGAGGCUACGAGAGCAUGUUUACAAUAACUUCUAUAACAGAGUGUAGUGUAGAUAAGUCGGAUGGCCGGUUAUCAGCGAUGAAGCGAUAACGGUCAGUGCGCAUUCAGCCAUCAGAGGCAGCGCUGCUCAACGAUGUGCUUACAGACUACUUGAAACAUGGACACGGAAACCCAGAUCAUAGUAAUAUCCAGCGUGUUCGCGGGCGCGUGGCUGGUGCUGCUCAUCAUAGCCAUAGUGCUGUGCGCGCAGGUCAGCAGCCUGCGUAAGAAGGUCGCGGAGAUGCAGGCCACGGGACGCAUGCGGAUACAGUACGUAUACUUCAUAGUAAUAUCCAGCGUGUUCGCGGGCGCGUGGCUGGUGCUGCUCAUCAUAGCCAUAGUGCUGUGCGCGCAGGUCAGCAGCCUGCGUAAGAAGGUCGCGGAGAUGCAGGCCACGGGACGCAUGCGGAUACAGUACGUAUACUUCAUAGUAAUAUCCAGCGUGUUCGCGGGCGCGUGGCUGGUGCUGCUCAUCAUAGCCAUAGUGCUGUGCGCGCAGGUCAGCAGCCUGCGCAAGAAGGUCGCGGAGAUGCAGGCCACGGGACGCAUGCGGAUACAGAAGCUAAAAAUGGACAACGACAAGAACCACGCGUUCCACAAUCCUGCGCUCGCGCCGGACGAGGAGCUGUCCCGCCGGGGGUACUCCAUGUACACCACCAAUGAUGACGUCGAGAGUGGCAGGCAUGAGCGGCAGACGGGUGGGCAGUUCGUAGACAGGCCGCAAUCCAGUCUUUACGAAGAAAGGCAAAAUCCUCCACACUUCGUGGAUGAACUUACCAGGGAGCUGGACAGCAGACAGCAGCGGCCAAACAACGCCCCCCCAUUCUUGCUGCAGAGCAUUCAGGAUAGCAAGCGAAAGACCAGGAGCCUUACCAAUCCAGUAGCCAAUGGCAGGCAAAGCGAUACCAAUCCUAACUUCAUCUAUUAAUAAUAGGCUACAGGUUUAUCCUUUGACGAUGACAGUUGAAACUGAGUAAGAUCUUUAAACACUCUUUACAGUGCUCCCAGCUUAUUCUUU